AUGCGUCUACUUCUACCCUUCAUUGUUCUGCCCCUGGCAGCUCUGGCUGCGCCGCCAAGCAUCUCUGACCUGCUACAAAAACCCGUUGACCCGAACGCAGGCAACUUCAGUUUCUCCUGUAAAGACGUCAAGCUCGACGGGGAACCUAAGCCCGAUGCGAAGGUAGGUGAUGCAGUCCAUCACCUGGUUGCAACGUGCGCGGUCGGCGAUGGGACCGAAAUCACUUCCAAAUUAGAUCUGAACCAUUGCUAUGCCCAGUACGAAGCAAAGAAGGAGCAAUGGGAAUGGGCUCAACAGCUAUUCGAAAUGCAGCAUGAUGCCAUUCAGGCGUUAUCCACAGGUUCAUUGUGA